AUGUUCAGGGUGCCCGGUAUGUCCAAGUUAGUGGCCAGGUCCACGUUUUCGGCGAGAUUUAUGGUCCCUCGCAUGCCAAGACCUUCUAUCACACCGAUAAGAUGGCACGGUCAUGUGCAUAAACCCAAACCCGGCGAAGAAUUGCACGUCACUUUCAUCUUGAAGGACGGCACACAGAAGGAGUACGAGGUGUGCGAAGGCGACUCGUUGCUAGACAUCGCACAGGGCCAUAACCUGGACAUGGAGGGCGCGUGCGGCGGAUCGUGCGCGUGCUCGACGUGUCACGUGAUCGUGGACCCGGACUAUUACGACGCUCUGGAGGAGCCCGACGAUGACGAGAACGACAUGCUGGACUUGGCGUACGGCCUGACGGAAACCAGUCGGCUGGGGUGCCAGAUCAAAAUGAACAAGGAUAUCGACGGGAUUCGCGUAGCGCUGCCCGCGAUGACCCGGAACGUCAGCAACUCGGACUUUGAGUGA